AUGCGAUUCGACUUGAUCUCUGGAACGUCAAAAUGUAUAACAGAGGACAUUAAGCACGAUCCCAUGACUGUCGGCAAAUACUCUGUUGUCAAUCCUAACCACAAAGUCACUGUUCGGGUCACUUCUCCAUAUGGGAACAAUUAUCGUUUGAUGGAUUAUGUAGAAUCUGGUACAUUUGCCUUUACAGCAUCUGAAGGAGGUGACUAUAUGGGCUUGUUUCUGGCAGCAGAUCAUAAGCCACCACUAAACUUGUCAAUAGACUCUGAUUGGAAAUCUGGAGUUGCUGCUAAAGAUUGGUCUAAAAUUGCCAAGAACGGCCAGAUAGAAGUGAUGGAAAUUGAGCUGCAGAAACUGUUAGAUAUAAUCACUUCCAUUCAUGAUGAGAUGUUUUAUCUUCGCGAACGGGAGGAAGAAAUGCAAGAAUUAAACAGAGCAACUCAUUCCAAGAUGGCCACCUUCACUGUACUAUCUUUACUUAUUUGCUUGUCCGUGGCUGGUCUCCAAGUUUGGCAUUUGAAGUCAUUUUUUGAAAAGAAGAAGCUUAUCUAA